AUGCACCUUCCUAGUGAUUCCAAUAAAAUAAGAAGAAAUGAAAUUAAGGAAAAAAGAGUUAGGCUUGCUCAAAAUCAAGUAUUAGUUGUGGAAAAAGCAAAAGAUCCAAUGCAUAAAGAUAUAAAAAAAGCUUCUGGAGAUCAGAACAAGUUGAGCAUGCUAAUGCAUGAUCAACAUUCUCGCUUUUAUUCAAUAUUGUAUGAAAAUUAUCUUGAAGAGGAAAUGAGUAAGAGUAAUGUUUUUGGAUUGCAAAUAUCAACCACUGGUCUAUAUGUUAAAUCAAAAUUAUUUUCUGAUAUGUCUUCCCUAAGAGAGUACAAGUCCUAUGAUGAUUUUCUAAUUGCUCUUGAAAAAGAUGAUGGCUUUAGAACAACAAGAAGAUUGGAUAACCCAUGGAUUGUGAAAUUUAAUAAAUCACCACCUACUAUUUCAAAGGAAGAAAAGGAAAACUCAAAAAAGGCUAAAUGA